AUGGGUGCACAAAACUCCACAGAAACAAUUUUCAAAUCAACAAUGAAUGCCACUGCAAGUAAUGCACCCUUAUCAACAGCCAUACUGCGAAGAGAGCACAUGACUGAAAGCUAUUUAGUAAUCUGGGCUGAUGCAAACAUUGAUCCAACAAAUGAAGAAAGUCAACAUAUACUCGCGCAAUUGUGCAGUGUUGUUAAUCAAGUCAAUACUUGCACGACGACAGAACAAUGUGUUCAAUGGCUCAAUAAAACUAAUGAGGAGACCUCAUUCGUUAUCUCCUCUGGUGCGCUUGGACAACAACUCGUACCAAACAUUCACGGUCUGCCAAAACUUGAUGCCAUUUACAUUUUUUGUGGCAACAAGCAAUUUCAUGAAGGAUGGGCCAAAAAUUGGACGAAAAUUAAAGGUGUGUAUACUUCAAUCAAUCCCAUCUGUGAUGCGUUGAAAAUGGCUGUCAAGCAAUACAACCAAAACACCAUGUCCGUAAGCAUUAUUGGUGCGAAUGAAGGAGGUUCCAGCGAAAAUCUCAAUCAACUAGAUCCAACCUUCAUGUACUCACAAAUAUCCAAGGAAAUUCUCCUUGAUAUGGAACACGAUCAGAAGACCAUCAAAGACUUCGUCAAGUUUUGCCAAGAAGAAUACCUUGGCAAUGCCCAAGAAACAAAAAUUAUUGAAGAAUUCGAACGUAACUAUGAACCAUCAAAGGCCAUUUGGUGGUAUACACGUCAGUGCUUCAUCUACAAAAUGCUCAAUCGAGCUUUACGAACAUUGGACAGCAACAUCAUGAUUCGAAUUGGAUUUUUCCUAUGCGAUGUUCAUCGACAAGUCGAACAGUUACACAAGAAACAGGUCAGUCAAUAUCACGAAAACAUCUUAGUCUACCGAGGUCAAGGAUUAUUAACAGCCGACUUCGAAAAACUCUCAAAAAACAAGGGUGGUCUUUUAUCAUGCAAUAGUUUUUUAUCUACCAGUAAAAAUCGAGAAAUGUCCCUUGACUUCGCCGACCGAUCCUUAGGAACAACUGAUAUGGUCGGUAUCCUUUUUCAAAUGACUAUCGAUCCCACUGUCUCAUCGACUCCCUUUGCCUCCAUCCAAGAGGAAAAUUACUUCAAGGAUGAAGAGGUUUUCUUCUCCAUGCACACAGUAUUUCGAAUUGAUGACAUUCGAAAAAUUGACAAUAAUCGUCAACUUUAUGAAGUGGACCUUAAAAUUACAUCAAACGAUGAUCAACAAAUUCGUAUAUUAACCAGUCGUAUACGAGAAGAGAUCGACGCCAGUGGAUGGUAUCGAAUGGGUAUGUUGCUGGUCAAAAUUGGCCAAUUCGACAAGGCUGAAGAAUUGUACAUUGCACUGCUAGAACAGUCAUUCGACGAUAGUGAAAAAGGACAUAUCUAUUUCUGGCUUGGAUGGUCGAAAGACCAGCAAGGGCAACACCAAGAAGCACUUUCAUUUUAUGAAAAAGCACUCGAAAUCAGUCGAAAAAUUCUCCCGGAUGAUCAUCCGACAUUGGCUCACAUCUACAGUAAUAUCGGUAUAGCGUAUAAUAACAUGGGUGACUACUCGAAAACAUUUGAAUUUUACGACAAAGCACGUCAAAUCUACGAAAAAUCUCCUCCUCCGAAUCACCUCGAUUUGGCUAUUUGCUACGCUAAGAUAGGUUCGAUGUAUGAUUACAGGGGUGACUACUCAAAAGCACUUGAAUUUUACGAGAAAGCACAUCAAAUUAAAGAAAAAGUUUUGUCUCCAUAUCAUCCCGAUUUGGCUAUCUCCUACAGCAACGUUGGUCAAGCGUAUAACAACGUGGGUGACUACUCGGAAGCACUUGAGUUUUACGAAAAAGCACUUAAAAUUAAAGAAAAAGCUCUGUGUACAAAUGAUCCAUCAUUGGCUGCUUCCUACAACAACAUCGGUCAAGUAUAUAAAAAUAUGGGUGACUACUCGAAAGCACUUGAAUAUUACGAGAAAGCACAUCAAAUUAAAGAAAAAGCUCUGCCUUCCAAUCAUCCCGAUUUGGCCCUUUCCUACAACAACAUCGGUGCAGUGUAUAAAUACACGGGUGACUACUCGAGAGGACUUGAAUUUUACGAAAAAGCACUUAACAUAGGAGAAAAAUCUCUGCCUGUGAGUCAUCCCGAUUUGGCUAUUUCCUACAAUAACAUCGGUCUAGUGUAUAAAAACAUGGGUAAUUACUCGAAAGCACUUAAAUUUUACGAAAAAGCACUUAAAAUUAAAGAAAAAGCUCUCCCUUCGAAUCAUCCCUCGUUGGCUAUUUCCUACAACAACAUCGGUCAAGUGUAUAAAAAUAUGGGUGACUACUCGAAAGCAUUUGAAUUAUACGACAAAGCACAUAAAAUAAGAGAAGAAAUUUUGCCUCCAAAUCAUCCUGACAUGGCUAUUUCAAAACAUGAUAUCGGCCUUGUGUAUGAAAAUACGAAAGAAUAUUCGAAGGCAAGUCAACUUUAUGAACGUGCUAUUGAAAUUGCACAACUUUCACUACCUAUGAAUCAUCCACACCUACAAUUGUAUAGACAGCGACUCCAGGAUGUAAAAAACAAGCUGUAA